UACAAUUCAGAGAGAGAGAGAGAGAGAGAGAUGCACUGUGAAACUCAGGUAUACACUGGAGCGCAUUCUUGGACGUGGGACAAGAGGAGGGGAUGAGGAGGGGGCGUGCUAAAGGUUUUUUUUCGGUGCACGAGAAAAGCCGCUUAGUCAUAACACUCCCAGGAGCAGGUGUAGGGCAGGCCACCUAGACACAUGCGUUGCAUUCUUCUUCAAUUAAAAUCUACACAUCGAGACCAAGGGACUUCUGGAGGACUUAAUUGCGCCGAAAAAUGGUUUCGCAAUGUUAAUUGAUAUUAGAUGCGCUUCUUUUGUUCACCCGCAUCUAUACUUCCCGUUGUGACUGUCUAGAGAAGCACUAGUGAGCUGCGAUCGCAAAUGACUUGACAUAGAUAGUGAUGGUCGCAGUUAAACACGUUCUUUGUGAAAAAUAGAGGAAGAAUUGAACACGAUGACAGACCAGUACAGUAUGUUUCUCACCACCGCUCCCCCUCUGAGAAGAGGAAGCACACCUCUACCAAUCAAGCACCAGCUGAGGCGGGAGGAGGCUGUAUCAGAGGACCAUGAUUGGAUACCAGGGAUUGACGAACCGGCCACGCUACCAAUCAGUGACACCCUUUGCCAGGAUGAAUCAUUUAGUCAAGCGUCGGAGGGGUAUCAUGGGAGUGCUAUAAGGAUCGUACUACUUGGGCAGAAUGGGGUUGGAAAAUCAGCGCUGUCUCUGGCCCUGGCUGGAAUGUCAGACAGCUCAAUGUCUGUGGACUCUGAAACAGCCUGUGGAGAAGGCUACAACCGCACAGUGUCAGUUGACGAUGAGGAGAGUUCAGUCAUCAUUUAUGACAACUGGAAACAGGACCUGUCCACGCUGCAGUGUGAGGUGGUUGUGCUGGUGUUCUCUGUGACAGACAGGAGAAGUUUCCACCGUACCGCCCAGCUCCGCCUCAUCCUCAGGGAGUCACUGCCCCACACUCCCAUCAUCCUCGUGGGCAACAAGAGUGACCUUGUCCGCUCUCGGGAGAUCAGCACAGAGGAGGCCCACUCCAGUGCCAUGAUGUAUGACUGCCAGUAUCUGGAGCUGUCUGCUUCCCUGGACCACGGUACCACUGAACUGCUGGAGGGAGCGGUGAGGGCUGCCAGGGGCGACUGCGUCGGGCCGGGCUGGACGGAGGGGGACCCUGGGGCAGGGCGCAGGGAGAGCCUGACCAGCAAGGCCAAGCGCUUCCUGGCUGGCCUGGUGCCGCGCUACUACGGCCGAGGAGACCGGGACAGGGGUCAGUACAGAGAGAUGAGCAGACACAAGGGCAGCAAGAUCCUCCGACAGAAAUCACGCUCCUGCCAUGACCUCAGUGCAAUGUGACACACCAGACGGACUGA